GCGGUGGACACCCGUCGCGCAUGCGCAAACACGGUUGUCGGAAGGUGGCGAGCCUGAGGCGAACAAUGGCGGAGUUGGGUGAAGCCGAUGAAGCGGAGUUGAAGCGUCUGGUGGCCGCCGAGCAGCAGAAGGCGCAGUUUACUGCACAGGUGCAUCACUUCAUGGAGUUAUGUUGGGAUAAAUGUGUGGAGAAGCCAGGGAAUCGCCUAGACUCUCGCACUGAAAAUUGUCUCUCCAGCUGUGUAGACCGCUUCAUUGACACCACUCUUGCCAUCACCAGUCGGUUUGCCCAGAUUGUACAGAAAGGAGGGCAGUAGGCCAUCCCCCAGGAGAAUGACAGAAGCAAAGGACUUGUUAUUAAGCAGACUUAAGGGCCAGUGGGGGAAGGCUGUCAACCCAUUGUCAGAUCAGCAUCAGGCUGUUAUCAAGUCUGUUGGUGCUAAAAAGUAAAAGAUGAAAUGUUCAAAGAGUGAAAUUUAUUUAUUUGGAAUUCAGAAAUUCCAGGUUGUAUGAUAUCAGUUACUCAAUAAGUGUGAAUUCUCUAACUCUUCUUUUAGUCCCAUUUUAGAAUUUAAUAUAGAGAUCUCUGAUUGGCAGGAACACUAGAAAUAAAUGUUCCAUGGCCAGUAGUGCAAAUGGGGGAUUGUAGGUUUUGAAAAACCACCCUAAGCCAUAUUAAGGGGGUUGGAAGAACCAUCAAAGCCUAAGGCAUAGAAGAAAAUUUGGGGUUAAGAAAGAUGAAGAACAAAAAACAGCUUUAUUGCUUAUACAUGACCAAGAAAAGGUAAACAUGGCAAAAAAAAAAAAAAAAAAAAAAGACAAGAUGUGUAUUCCUUGCAAAAGAACAAGCCUGUAACUUGGGAGGAAGGGAAGGUCAGGACCCAAACAGAGCCAAUUUCCUGGAGAUGGCCUGUUCUACUGGCACCUUUUCCUGAGUCUAUGCUUAAAACCUUUCAGGUACUUUCAGGGCACAGAAACAAUGCAUGCUAAAAAAUACAUGGCCAAACUCCUUCCAACAAAGAUUUAACUUGCUCCAGGAACAAAAUAAUUGCUUUAGGUUAAGAGGUAGUAAUUAGAGACUAUUCCUCUCCCUUUAGGCCCCCACUAAUCCCAAAAAUAAAAAUACACACCAUGGAACAUUGACAAUUGAGUACCAAAGUAUUAAAAUUUCAAAUAAAUAUCCCAAAAGGUAGCACCUGCUCAUAGUUAAGGGAUAGGGCACCUCUGUCCAACUAUGUAUUUUAAGACCAAGCACUUUAUUAGAAAUCUGUCCCGUAAAGAGAACAAAUUUAGCAGUUAGAACUAAAAUUACCAACUCAUGGAAUGUCAUCAUAGUUGUAUCUACUGCUGGUGUCUUAUACUGUCAUGCUACUGUGAAGUAAUUCCAUAUUACACAUCAGGAAAGUAAGGCCAGGAAGGUGAACUUACCUGCUCUGGGCCUCCUCAUAACCAAUGAGUGGCAGAACCAAGACCAAAAGUCUGAGUUUUCAAGCUUUUUACUCAGCCCAUUAAGUGACAACCAGGAAAAAAUAUGUCACUUGAUCUUUCUUCCCAUAGUGAAAAAAUGCACUUGUGUUCUGCCAGCCUUCUUUCAGUGAUAUUUUGGUUUCUUAAGAAUUAACAUACUAAGGAUCACAGUAUAGCAAAGGGAAAUAAUGUGGUCUCUGCUUGGUGCUUUAAUCCAAAGGCAGACUGGGAAGUAGUGGAUAUGUCCCUGAGAAGCCUGUUUCAUUUUGGAAAUAAUUCAACUUAGUUUCAGGGAAAACCUAAACUUCAUUAACAGAUUUAGAAAUGAACAAGACGACAUUUAAAUGGCAGUUACUGCCCUGAAUCCAGAGUACCAUUAGACAACAUGAUUAUUUCCUAAUUCUUCCCCAUUUGGUGCAGGAUUAUCUAUGACAACUGAAGAAAUAAUUUGAACACAAGCCCAUUUAGGCAAACAUACAGCAAUGGAACUAGAAAACCAUUUACUAUCCAAUUACCAUGUUUAGGCGUUACACUAAGUAUAGCUAUAGGCCCCGUCCAGCAGGGAAAUUUGCAAAAACUCUAGUCCCUUCUAAUAAGUUGUCUAUGGAUGUUAUCAUGAAGGGAAAAGUUUGUUCUUAGGCCCAUGUCCUGAUUAAGUAAACCGGACCACACCUGUGGGGUCAAAAUAUAGAAGGAUCAAAGCACCAAGGCUAAAGACUUGUCAGUUGUGACACCUGCUAUAUAAACAGAGAGCAAUAUAGUGUUGCCUUGUCAUACCAUCCUACAUGGCAUUAGUUCCAAUCCACCUCUUGAUCCCAGCCCUUGAUUUCUCCAAAUUCAAUAUUCCGACUGGUGUACCCAGGUCACUAUUGGAUCCAGCUUUCUGGGUCCUUUAAUUUGCCGUAUAUGCACUCUACACUAAACAUAAUUAAUUGCAAAAAAAUAAUCUCUUCAAGAAACCUUCAUACCAAAUUCCCUUUUAACAAGAAAAGGGGAUCAAGCUUAACGCCAAAAGAGAAGACAAGAAGUCUGUCAGAACAUACAGAUGGCACAAGACAGCUCUGACCUCAGACCCCGUGCUGAACAAGAGUCACUGGCAAAACCACAAGGAGUAAGAACUGUAAAUAUCCACAGUCAUGUGGAAAACAAAAGUGUUUCCCAUUUAGUCAUCCUCGGAGCUCUCAGCAGACCUUUCAUCUGUAGCUACUUUCCAAUUGGUGCGUUUGUUUGUCCUCUCCUGUAUUUCAUUGUUGGCUACAGAGGUAUGGACUUUUUUCUCUCUCUUUUUCCUUUUGGUUUUCUUAGUGUCUCUUUCCUCACUUUCCUCAGAACUGCUGGAUGCUGAAUCAUCUGAAUGUGAAGUGUUACUUUCUGCCUCUAAGAAUAAAGCAGGUUUUUUGAGA